UGGAAUUCUUCCUGACAAUUAGAAAAUGACUUUUGUCGUGCACGUAACAGCUAAGAGAAAAACAUUAAAUUGCUGCUGAUGAAAUUUCAAAUAACAAAACACUGGUUAGCACAAAAUUUAUAUUUAAAUAUUUAAAUAAUUCAUUAACUUAACAUGAAUGAUGUACGUAAAACUACGGUUAUUUAUUGAGAUAACGUUAACAAAAAUAUUUCAUUGCAAAUAGAUAAGGUGCAAGCGUAAGCAGUUUGUGGAAAAAUCAAUAUUUUGCCAUAAGGCUGUUAUUCGGAUAUAAGACAACAACGGGCAAAAGGAACAACAAUAACAUAAAUAUAAAAAGUUUAAUUUGUUCAUAAACAUAAAAAUAAAUUAAAUAAUUGAAAAAAAUAACAUGAUUAAUGAUUAAAAGUGCGAGUGCGAGGUAUUUCCAUUUAUAAUGUGAUAUCGGUACAUAUAAUAUUUUUGUAUACAAUUUGAUGACUGUUUUCCAUUGGCGCAGUUCGAAUUAUGAUAUCAUGGUUCGCGUUCGCAAUAAAGCCAAUAUUAACGUAAUGUGAUGCAUGUUAAUCGAAAAAAUUGCGAAAGUAAACAGAUAAAUUUUAAUAUAAAAGAACAAGUUAAAUUUAUACCUGGAAACACAAGAAUUUAUUCGAUAGUGGCAUUCUGCUGCUUAAUUCAACCAUCUAUUAUUUCUGUGCAUUGAAUGUUUCGUAACUGCAUUUUAAUGGGCAUCGCGUUCGAUCCCCAAACACGUCUUCUGCGACAAGCAGCGGAAGCCGCCAUUAUUUUCCUAAUUUUUACUCAGAAUGUAUCACACAUCAGCUGCGGCUCUAAGCCUAUCAGCACUACCGCCAACGAUGGCUAUGCCAGUUGGGCUGCCACACAGACAACGGGUGUACUUGGCACCGGUCCACUCACCGUAAAAACAGCAACAGUAGACGUCGAUACGCAUCGCUUGACAAAACGAAUGGAUUUGGAACUAUGUUUGGGUAAAUAUGAAAUCCACAAGAAUACCAUUAUUCGCACAGGCGAAUCACAAACACUUGGUGGUAAAUACUUGCAAGGUCUUGAGCUCGACACGACUGAGGAAUGUCAACGUCUGUGUUGUGAAACGGAAUCCUGUGACGUGUAUGUGUUCGAAGAUAAAAGUGAUGGCUAUUGUUACCUCUUCGAGUGUGGUCCACCUGAGAAUUUUCAUUGUAAAUUCACUCGCCAUGCUAAUUAUACCAGUGCUGUACUGACAGUCGCUCGCAAUUCGAAUGUAAAGACUACAAUGGCCCCAAGUACAACACAAGUAGUUGAUGUCAACAAUUUUUCGCAACAGGAGUGGGAAUUGACAAGUUUAAAGGUAAAAGCAGAAACGCGCGAUAAAAUGGCGUCAGCAUCAGCGGCAGUGGGACAGGGAAAGGAAUCUGCCGACGUGUCUGGAGUAUAUGUGAUAGGAACCGCCACCGCUACCGCAACAUCCAGCGGAAAAACAAAUGUAUUGGCAACAGCGGGACCCGUGCCCAUGAUAGGUGCAGACCAAAUACCACCAAUAAGCGUAGCUUUUCCACAAAAUGCGUAUCCUACGCAUUGUGGACGUUUUCAAUUUCCCUGCCAUUCCGGUGAAUGUAUUGCUGUCUAUAACGCCUGCGAUGGUAUACCACAAUGCGAAGAUGGUAGUGAUGAGGGACCGGAAUGUUCAGGUGCUACGUCCACGGCAAAGUCGGAUGCUGACGCAGCCUCCGCGAAUACUUUAGAAACUAAAGCUCAAAAGAUAGUUUCGGUGCCUCAAUAUCAGCCACCUAUUCUACAACAAGCCGCGAAAACACAAUUGCAGCCUAUGCCACAACCUCAUCAACAACAACAACAGCAACCGCAACAGUUAGCACAACAAACACUGCCCGGCAUUGUACCACCGCUCAUAAAUAAUCGCGAGGAUGCUGGCGCUUGGGAAACCCGAAAGGCGGCUACUCCUCAUCCGCAAGUCCAAACAAUAAAUGAUGUAGAUUUUAAGAAUCGCAUAUUUAGCCACAAAGGAGGAAUACAAGUGCCCACAACAGUUGUAAAUGCCAAUAACAGUCCCAAUAAUGUGCAGACCAACACUUAUGCUAAUACAAAUACGAACAACAAUCCAAACAUCAAUUUAAAUCCAGCUUAUAAUGCGGUCACGUUACAGCGUAACGGUAUUUAUUUACCCCAAAUAACAGAUUUGUCACCGGGCAGCAUGUAUAUAUCCCAACAGCAGCAGCAACAGCAAAUUCCACCUCAACAACAAUAUGUCGUGCCAAUUGUAGGUAUGAUGCCAUCGAAUAUGCAGUGGCAAAUUCAACAGUCAAAGCAAGUUGCUCUGACACCGCAAGCGCCCAUGGCACAGCGACAACAAGCACUGCCAUUGCCAUUGCAGCCAGGACCAGCGUACAAUGUAAACUUAGUCGAUCAACAGCAACAAGUAAACCCGGUAGCAGCUAAAGAAGCUACUGAACAAUCUGCAGGAUACUUGAAUUCGCCUGUAGAAGUAACGUUGCUACAACAGAAAACCGAAGUAACUGGUCCCCAGCAGCAAUCGGUGGUACAUGUGGCUUCACCGAAUGGAUCGCCAACUGUGUUAAAAUCUGCGCCAACGGAACAAAACUCUAAUACCAGAAAAGCAGCAGGUGCUAACGCGAAAGUGAAAGAACAGAAUAAUGAUUACGAGGAGGAGCCAACACAUCCACCUAAAAAGAAACAAAAACAUAUGAAGCUGGCCAAUCUUCCUCAAAGCGAAAAGGGCAAAGGUCUGCUGGAUCCAAUAGAGUCAGCGCUUGAGGAACAAAGACAACAUGUUCCUGUCCCCUCGCCCGUGCACGAGCAAUACAAAUUAAUACACGACAAUCUUGGUUUCGAAUUUCGAGAUCAUGAUGGACAAUCUGAGCGACCGGGUGGUGCUAUGCUCUCUUUAACGCUAGGUUUACUUGUCACAGCCGCUCUAGCCAUAUUAAUUGGCUGUCGCAUGCGUACUGUCAGCCGACGCACUCGUCGCAUGGGCGGAAAGACGCCUUAUUCGCAUGAGGCAGAUUUCUUAGUAAAUGGCAUGUAUUUGUAAGAGAAAUGAAUGCGGUGAACGCCGAGGACAAAUAUUUCCAACUCUCCAACAUUCUAACCUAGAGCGGCUGUGGUGAUUCUAACAACAAACGCUUAAAAACAAUUUUCAUACUAGUAAAUGGUUGUUUUUUUUGUCUGCAUAUGUAUAUGCAGACAUGAAACACAUAGUUGUAGUCUUAGUACAGGAAUCAUUUAUAUACAGUGGCCGACAAAAGUCUACUUACACCCUAUGUUUUCGUGGCUUUUUAGAAAAUAUGUAUUGAUACAUUUUCAUUCUCAUUUUCUAUCUAAUCACAAGAAACUAAAAAAUUAUUAUUUUUUUUAAAUAAAUCAAUAACGUUAUGAAAAAAAAUUCCUUCGACAAAAGUUUACAUUUACGGAGCUCAUACACUGAGUGCAUUUUGCAAUGUAGCGUUAACUUUUUCGCUUUUUGUUUAUAAAACAUUGAAAAGAAAAAAAUUAUAUGUUGAAAUUUCCAAAAAAAAAAAAAAUAAUUAGUAUAUAGCGACAGUACCGUCCAUGGUAAAAACUUCAAAAAUAGUGGUUCUACCGAAAGUAAGCCGUCAAGUGGAUGCCCAAAGCAACAAACUCUUAGAGACGUCGGUUUGAUUCCAAAAGCAGUGGACAAAAAGCCACUAACUGGCCUUAACAUAUAGCAAAUACAUCACAACAUUUUUAUCAUCUCAGGGUUCCACAGAAAAAACUUCGUUUCGAAUUGGCAAUGAACAUAAAGAAAAGGGGAAAGAUUUUGGAAAAAAUAAUAUAUUUUCAGACGGUUCAUAGUUCGAAAUUUUUGAUAUACUGUGUUUGGUCCGAAGUAGUAUUGUGGCGGGAUUGUAACGGUUUAUGGAGCUUUUGCGGCUUCACCAAAAUCAGUUUCGGCAGGAUCUGCCAGCAAGAUUACGAUCCAAAGCAAAUGACGUAAAGUGUUAAAGAUUGGGUACUAUACUAUGCUUCAACACAAUUAAACACAACACCGCCUAGCACUUGAUUUAAGUACAAUUAAACGUAUUUGGGAAUUUUUGGAGACAAAAAUUAGAAAAAAUUAUCUUUGUAUCGCUACUUUACUCAAAAACCGUAUAAUAGACACUAAGAACUGCAUUACAUCUGCAGAGUUGAUAAAUUUAGUAGUAACGGUUGGUAGAUGUGUACUGUGUCCCAUCUAAAUGCCAAAAACAAGAUUUUCGCAUUAAAAUACGUUAUUUAUACACUAUAAGUAGACUUUUGUCAGCGGAAUUUUUUAGGUUUUCUUUCAUAACUUUGUUGAUUAAUUUUAAAUAAUGGAUUUAUUUAGUUUAUAGUAAUUAAAAAGAAGAUCAGAAAGAAACAGUAUCAACACAUUGUACUAAGAAGCUUUUGUACUUUCAUCACGAAAACAGGGUGUGUAUGCAGACUUUUGUCGACCACUGUACAUAUGUAUGAUAUUAGGGCACCCACAUAUGAAGGAAACUGAAAAAUGAUAGUUUCCUGGGCAUUUCAUGAUAUUUUUUUUCUAAAAAAUAAAUAUGUAAACAAAUCUUGACAUCUGUAAAGCUACCUAUGUACUUGUACAUAAUUUGUGCAGAUUUAAGUUGCACUUUAUUUAAAAGACUACUUACUAAGGGAAUAGUAAAUUAUUCUUGAAAGAAAAAUAUUUUCCGUACAAUUAAUUUUUAGAAAAAUAGACACUUGCUAAAUUAAAGCUUAAAUGUGAAAAUUUUUUUAUUUAGUUUAGAAAGAAUUCUCCCAAGAGUUUUUACUCAUUUAAACAUUGGUGCUAGUUACCAAGGAAAACAUAUAUUUUCUAACGACGUCUCCAAAUAUACAUAUGUAUAUUAUUGUAACACUAUAUAUUAUAUAUUUCUAUUACAUUAUUUAAAAUUUAGUAACUCUCAAAUGGAAAUUUCAAACUUUUAAAUUCUUUUAAAUCUUACUUGAUCUUUACAUCUGCAAAACUGAUUUGGCUUUGCGCCACUAUUGUUUACAAUUAGUUUGGAGUUUUGUAGCACAAUUCCGCCUAGUUUCUUUCCAAAAAAAAUAUACGAUAUUUUCGAUGAAUUUGGAAUUAUUAUUUAUAAUUACAUUUGCAAUGAUUGUGUUUUUAUUUUGGUUAAAUAAAAAGAAAUACUUUAGCACUCUUACUAUUCUAUACUUAAGAGGGGAAGAGUUAGCACGAUCCAAGCAUAAAGUGCAACUAUAUCAACAACCCCGAAAUUACAGCGCAAGCGACAACUUGUAAAUUCUGCCGAUGCAACCUCAGCACAUCCGGCACAUGCCAACCGAACAUGCAACAUGCAUUCUAGGAAAUAUAUCACGCCACUUAAUAAUUCCGUGGCUUAGAAUAAGUAUAAAUUAAUCAAAUUGUUAAAUUUAAGUUUGAGUCGUUUCUGAUCAAUAAAGCGGACACGCUGUCCGAUCAAAAAUAUUGAUAUUCCCAAUGCAGGAAUACAUAAUUGGCAUAUUUCUAUGCUAACAAACUACACAUGUUGUCUUUGAAUAAACAAGUAAGAGUUCGUAAUAUAUUUGGUUUAAUUAUUUAUUUCAGUUCAAUUAUUGAAUAUAGAACAAUUGUAUUGGAAAUAAGUUUAUAUAUGUAUUCAAACAUAUGAUAUACAUCGUACAUAUGUACUCGGUAAACUCGAUAGAUAUGUAUAAGCAAAAUUUUAUAAAUGUGAAUGAAACUAUGUAAACAAAUAAUUCAUGUUAAAAAUUAAAUACAAUUGAAACAUACUUUA